GCUGCUUCUUACUACUUUUUCUUCUUCAAUUCAACUUCAACCUCAGUUAUUGGUAUUUGGCGCUCUGUUCUGAAGUAGUGAUAUUCGGCGGUGAAGAAAGGAUGGGGAAAAGAGGAGGAAAAGGUUUUCAGAAGAAAGAAGUUAAAAACCUUACAACAACCUCUCGACGCGACCGUCAUGCUUUUUCUACUGAAGACAUGGACGACGAGAUUGAUGCUUUUCAUAAACAGAGGGACGUUGUUCCCCUUGACAUAAAUGCUGAUGGUAGAGAAUCAGAAUCAGAUGAUGAGAUACCGAUUUUUGAUUCAAAGGAUAUUGAUGAAAGCGAUGACGACGACGAUGAGGAAGAUGACAGCAAUGAGGAUGAUUAUGAUGAUGAUGACAACGGCGAAAUAGCAAAAAUUAUUAGGCAAAAGAAAUAUUUAGAGGCAAUGCUUGGUGGGGAGGAUGAUGGAAUGCAAGAUGAUGAUGAUGAUGAGGAUGAUGAGGAAGAUCAUAAACCAACUAUAGGUGGGAGACAAUUCUCACAUGGUGCUGACAAUCGCAAUUUUGAGAUACAAUCAAGUGAUGAUGAGGCCCCAAAAGAAGAGGAAGAAAUUGCACUACAAUUACAAAGGGAGAAGGCACAAUCCUUAACAAUGGAAGACUAUGACCUUGUUGACAUAAUUGCAGACAAAGAUUCUGAGAAAUUAACUUUUAAGGAUGCAACAGAUAAAGGAAACAGAGAAAUAAAGUCACUGGAUAGAGAUGUAACUUUCAAGGUUGAGGAUCUGAAUGCUUUGUCAAAGGAGGAGCAAAUGAAAGUUCUGUAUAGGUCUGCUCCAGAAUUAAUUGAUUGGUUGUCAGAAUUAAACGAGGCACACAAACAGCUUGAAUGCAAAAUUAACCCACUUUUAAGCAAGGUUAAAAGCGGGGAAAUAGUUAUGGAAGGAGGAGUGCGUUAUUUUGAGUUGAAACAGCUUCUUUUGCUGUCCUAUUGCCAAGCUAUAACCUUUUGCCUUCUACUCAAGUCCGAAGGGCAGCCAGUCUAUGAUCAUCCUGUAAUGACUCACCUUGAAGAGAUCAAGGAAUUAAAGAAUCAGAUAAAACAACUUGAUGCAAAACUUCCAAUUGAACUUGAGGACAUUCUUAAAGCAAGUAGUGGAUUAGAAACCGUAGUAAAAUCAGAUAAUGAGAAUGUUCAAAUGGCCGCCGAUUCUAUCACUAAAAACCAAGAACAGACUCUUGUUUCUGCCGAACCACCAGAAGAAGAAGUGCCCAGUAACGUAGUUGAGAUCCAAAAAUCGGUUGUCUCAAAGGAUGGAAUACAAAAAAGACGAAAAGAAAAAGAUCAGAAGAAUCACAUCGGAAUGCAGAGUUUGGAAAUGUUAAAAAUUAGAGCUUCCCUUGAGGAAAAAUUGAGGCAACAGGGUUUGUACAGUCAAAUUGCUCCAAAGCCUAGUAAUUCUCUAAAGCGUUCGAGACCAGCUAAUGGCCAGCUUGCAACGUAUGAUGAUUUUGAUGAUGAUGCUGUGGAUGUUAAGGGGCCAGCUGGACAGUCUAAAGGUCUCUCCAGUAAAAUUUCACAGUUCGUUAAUGCUAAUUAUCUGAAGAAACCCAAGGUGGUUUCCGGUGAUGAGGAUUUACCUAAGAGAGAUAGCAUUCGUGCACAACGGAAAAAAAAUGAGGAUCGGGUGUUGAAUGGUGCUGGAAUUAAAACUGAGGGUGACGACAAUGAUGAUCAAAUGGGUGAUCUUGGAUCUCAUGAAGUUGACGAGGAAGAAGACAUUGGAAGUGGGGAGGACUCAGGAAAUGAAUUUUACGAACAAGCGGAAAAAUUGCGAGCAGCAAAACUUGCUGCAAAAGCUGGGACCUACUCGACCUCUUCGAGUAAAUCAGCUGUCCCCUCUGGCACAGAGGAGACUGUGGACGGAAAGCGUCUUAUCACUCCUCAGAUAUCGAAGAACAGAGGACUAACUCGAAGUCGCAACAAGGCGAAAAAGAAUCCCAGAAAGAAUUACAAGCUCAAGCAUCAAAAAGCUGUUAAGAAUCGCAAGGGACAGGUUCAAAGCAUCAGAAAGCCAACUGCACCCUAUGGUGGGGAAUCCACUGGAAUUAAUGCAAAUAUCAGUCGUAGCGUCAGAUUCAAGAACUGAUAUAGUCAAAUACUCUUUACAUUACAAUUUCAUUAUAUUUUUCGCCAAUUUUGAACUACAUCAUUUGCGAAGAUGGGAGAGUAUCUUUUUUUUGUCUGUUGUACGGAUGGAAGGAUAACUUGUACUUAUUAUUUAUUGAUUGGAAAAUAUUCUUUGGCAUAUUACAAUUUUUCCAGUUUAUCAAA